AUGAAUCAAGAAAAAAAAACUAUCACAGAUAACUAUCAUAUUUAUGAUUCUGGGAAAGUUAAAUGUAAACUUUGUACAGAAUUUUUUGAUACUUUCUUAAUUAACACUAUGAAAGCUCAUAUUGAAACUCAACAUCGUGAGUUUUAUCUUGUUAAACAAGCUAUUCUACUUUUAACUUGUCCUCAAGUUUCUGGUAAAGAAACUUUAUCUAAUAUUUCAAAAUUGGGAAUCACAAGCAUUGAAACAGAAGAAAAUAGUAAGAAAGAAGAUGAUUAUGUAUACAUGAUCCAAUUUGAUAUCAUAUUCUACAGUGAAUCAAUCUCUCAAAAGAGAUUUUGUUUAUCAACUAUUCCUAUAAAUAGCCAAAAAUUUCAUUCAAAAUAUGAUUUAACAGAAUUAAUAUUCAUUGAGCUUCAAACUCAAGAACAGCUUUUGCUAAAAUUUGCUGAAUUAGUUGGAAAUUAUGAACCAGAAUUUGAGAUCAGUUACAAUACAGGCCAAUUUGAUUGGAACUUUAUACUCAAAAAAGCCAGACUAUUGAAUAUAGAUGAUGAAUUUAUUAGACUCUUAACUAAAACUAAAACAACUCUUCAGUUCAAUAUACAACAAGUAACAGUACGAGUUGUUGAUCAUAACAUUGAUAAAGAUAAUUUGAAAUAUAAAUUUGCAGGAAUAAAUAUUAACAAUCGAAAGAUCAAAAUAUUACCAAAUGAGACUAUGAAAUUAUUAAAAUGUUGUGGCCUUUCUGGAAAAAUUGAUUUACCAUAUGUACCUACAAAAAACAGCUCAGAUCUACAAUGCAUAUUUGUUUAUAUAAAUGUAAUAAAGUUUAAAAACAACAAUCAGAUGUUUGAAAAAUUAUCUGAUCAGCUGUCAAAAUUAAUUAAUAUUCCUUUUUCUGAUUGUUUUAAUGCAUUUCAAGUUUCAGAAUCAAUAUUGGAAGAUGAUUAUGUACAAAGAGCCAGAAUUGCUUGUGUGACAAUUUCUAAUGUUUUUACCAAUGGUAUCAGAUGUUUAAUACAAAAUUUGCUUAGCAGAUAUGCAUCAUCUAAAAAGAUUUUAGUAUCAUCACGAUGCAAGGGAAUUGUUGAACAAGAAAUGUAUGAUGGAGGUCUGGUCAUUCCACCAAUUAAGAACAUUAAAAGACCUGUAGCAGAUGUUGAUUUUACUUCAUAUUACCCUCAUGCUAUUUACAAAACAACAUAUCACUUGAAAAACAAUGAUAAAACAAAACUUUUAUAUUACACUUCAUUAUCAUAUGCAUUAAAAAUAUUUGCAAACUCUGUAUAUGGUGAGACAGGUUACAGAUAUUCAUCAUUAUAUCAUAAAGAAGUUGCUUUAUCAGUUACAGCAUUUUGUAGAGCAACAUUAAAGAUCAUGAUUGAUUUCGUGAAAGAACAAGGAUUUAUUUACUUUGACAGAUUAUUAUCAAAAAAAGAGUAUUGGAAGAAGCAGAUUAAAUUAACAAUAUUACACUCAAAGAUACUAGAAACAAAAAUUAAUGAAUACUUGAAACAGAUUAUAAAAUCCACAUACUUGAAAAUGGCCUAUGAAAAAACCAUGUACCUCUUUUUAAUUUUUGGAAAAAAGCAUUAUGUUGUGAUUACUCAUUCAGAUGUACCAAAUUUAGACAAUUUAAAUUUACUAUUGAAAGGUCUCAAAACCAUUAAACAUAAUGUGCCAGAGUUUUACAAACUAGUAGCGAAAGAAUUAAUAUAUUCUUCACUUGGAUUCAAUAAAGAUUUCUCAAUCAGACAAGAAGAAAUAGACCAAAAAGAAUUAGUCAUCCAGAUAAUCACUAACUAUGUCAAUAAAAAAGAAACACUAUUAGACUUGUUUGUUCUUACAGCCAAGUUUGACCCAACAUAUGCUUCAGUAUCAGCAGUCAAUUUUGUAAGAUUAUUAAACAAAGAUCUGUCAAAAGAAGAACAAAAUGAAAUACUUAAGCAAAUUACAAAAUCUGAUACAAAAAAAGAAAACAAGAUGGUUAAUUGUUUUAUUGCUAAAUUGAAACACCCUAUUGAGCCAGAACUAUUCUACUAUUAUGUAAAAUUUCUAUCAUGUGUAUCAAAUAUUUCACACAAAAUGAUUUUAACAGACCAUUUUGCUCCAAAGAAAGAUACUAUUGAUAUUGUAUACUAUUUUUAUAGCUUGCAAGACAUUGUGGCUCAUCUUUUAGGCUGUGAAGAGAAGCAAGCUCUCAAAAAAAUAAAGAAAAUAUUCGAUGCUGAGGAACUUAAAAAGCAACAAACAAUAACAGAAUUUUUUGUUGAAGAGAACCAACAAAAGAUAACUGAUCCUUCCACUCCAUACAAAUGGAAUAUACAAUACUGUCCCAAAAACAUCUGGAUCGAUAUUGACAAAGAUGGUUCUCGAUUCUCUUAUAAGUUAAGAUUAGAAAAGCAACUAUAUGUUAAGACAAAUUAUUUGAAGAAUUUCAAGAGAACAUUAAUAUUUGCAGAUACUAAAACAUUUUAUAAAUAUGGAAAAAGCAGAUGUCAGAACUGUAAAUCUUAUACAUAUUGUGAGACACAAGGAUUCACUUUCUUUGAAAACACAGAAUCGGAUUGUAAAAAAGUUCUAAAAAAGUUAGUUCAAUCUUCUAAUAAUAAUUCUUAUCUAAAAUAUAGUGUAAAUGUUUGUGAAUAUUGUGAUUUAUAUUUAACAGCGCUUUACUGA